AUCACCUCAAUUUUUAAAAUAUAUAUAUUUUUUUUUAAAACUCUGGAAUUCCUUCAAAAACCUUUGAACUUGUAACAAAUUGUUUUAAGAUUACUCAAAUCUCAGAUUUUUUUUUUUAUUUACUCAAAUCUUAAAAUUUUCUCAAAUUCUGGAUUCAGUAAGCCCCUUAAGUUUAGUUUUAUAAACCGGAUCGACUAGAUAAUUAAACAAAAUCAGGGGGGGUUAAUUUUCAAUAUCAAAAACAAAAGUAUUUAUAAGCUUGAUAGUGUUUUUGGAAAGACCUAAUCGUGGGUUUACUUUACUCUAAUGUUAUACUCUUGGGUUCAAGCUGUUGCCUCUGCGGCUACAAGUCUCAUAGUCGAACCACCGUGGGAAAAGAGGAAACCGAAUCCACCUCCUCCACAGUCGUUUUUGUCGCUUCCAGAUGUAAUUAUUCUAAACUGCUUAGCCCGCGCAUCGAGGUCCUACUACCCUAAACUCUCCCUAGUCUCCAAAACCUUUCGCUCUCUCAUCUUAUCCAUUGACCUCAACCACGCACGCUUUCACCACCAAACACAAGAAGACAUUUUUUAUAUAUGUUUACAGCUUCCCGACCGUCCUCUUCCAACAUGGUUCACCCUUUGGAUAAAACCUGACGAGGAGGAGGUGAAGAAGAGAUCUACCUUUGUACAAGUGCCGUUUUCCUACAAUUCUCGAGAACCGUCGUCCUAUUGUACGGUUGGUUCAGAUCUCUAUGCACUCAGACAAAGCUAUCCUCCGUCCCCCUCAAUGUUUGUCCGCAACAAGAAGAGUGUUGUAUGGCGUAACGCACCCAACAUGACUGUACCUCGAGCGUAUCCCGUUGCGUGCAAACUAGAUGGCAAGAUAUAUGUAAUGGGAGGUUGCAAUGAUGACAAAUCCAAAAAAUCAUGUUGGGGUGAGGUUUUCGAUACAAAUACUCAAACAUGGGAAACUUUACCUAACCCUAAAGCUGAGCUCCGAUUCUCUUCGAUGAUUAGAGAAACAAGGAUUAUCGAAGGAAAGAUAUACGUUAGGAGCAUCGAUGAGAUAGAUUCUGUUUAUGAUCCAAAAACACGAAAGUGGGACGCUACAGAAAAAGCACUCGUGGAUGAUAGUAGGUCUAUGGUAAUGGUAGGUGAUUUAUAUUACUCUUGUCGUGCGAAAAGUUGCAAGUGGUAUGACACAAAUUGUGACAAGUGGAAACUAGUCAAGGGGUUGUCUUCGUUGAAUAAGAGUUAUUGUCGUCGUGGUUUGAUUGAAACAGUUGAGUAUUGUGGGAAACUCUUAAUCAUUUGGGACAAGUUUGCGCAGCCUCGUCGUUAUUGUCAUGAAAAGACUAUUUGUUGUGCUUUGGUUGCGUUUGAAAAGCGCCAAAAUGGUCAAGUUUGGGGAAAGGUUGAGUGGUCUAAUGCUGGGCUUACGGUUCCAAGUUCAUACGUUUACUUGCGUUAUUUAGUAAAUGUCUUAUAAAUUUAAUUCUUAUAACAUUGUUUAGAAUCUUUGGUAGCACCAACGAUUCAUAUAGAUCUAUUACCUAUUCUUUGGUAGCUUUUCUGAACUUUUAUUAAUUAGUUUGGUGUGACACUAUGCCACUUGUUUUUUUGUUUAUGUUUGUCUUUGUUUUUGUUUUUGUCUGUGCUUGGUGCUGACUUUAAAAUAGUAGAAGAGGAACAAAUGUAGAGGAAAUGUUUUCUUGUUGAUUUUAAAUCUAGUAAACUGAGGUUGUGGGCAUUGGCUGAGCUUUUAUAUGGGCAUUGGCUGAGCUAGAUUUCAUUUUUAUAUGGGUUAUAACGCAUCUAUUAUAGAUUAAAAAAAAAAGUUACAUCUAUGAAUUUGGACCUAUGGCAUGUGUGUCAAAAGGUGGGAUCUGAACUAAAUUAUCACAAUAACAACGUGCACAUUAGGCCUACAAGCUUAUAUUUAUAGAUUCCACAUGGUUCAGUUGACCACCAUACCUCUUAAGUGGCUCGGCCACUGGUUUGUGGGCAAAUGAAUCCAAGAAUUGGGAAGAGGUUUUCGACUUAAAACUCAAACAUGGGAAUCACUACGACAUUACCUGACCUGGCUCCGAACUAGUGCUACCAAAUUUAUAUUAGUGAUAAAUUUAAAAGUAAUGUUAGUAAAUAUGAUACAUAACUAAUAUAUAAAUAAUUUUUAAAUAUAAAACAUUAUAAAUAUAAACUAGUUUUAUGUUUAUAUAGAUAAUUUAUAGAUUUUUGAUAGUUUUAGUAUUUUAAUACACUACAAGAAAACAAAACAUUAACGACGGCGAAAUUCGUAGUAAGUUCGUCGUAAAAUCAGUUUUACGAGGAACUAGCGAGGAAACACGUUUCGUCGUUAUUUGUUCGUCGUAACGCAUAUUUCCUCGCUAAUUCGUCGUAAACUAACGAGAAAACAUUUCCUCGUAAAGACGAAGCAAAGUAUUCGUCGUAAAAACCAAGUAACCCUUCCACGUAAGGGGGACGCUACAUUUCCUCGUAAAUACCUUGAAAACAUUUCCUCGUAAAUAACACGUAAAUGUUUCCACGUCAAAUACUCGUUAAUCUUUCCUCGUAGUGUUGACGUAAAUAUUUUACUCGUUAAUUCCUCGUAAAAUUUCCACGUAAGGUUGUCGUAAUUUAGCUACGAAUUUACUUUGAGUUUAUAUUUUCCAGAUUAAAAAAAACAAUGUAUUUAAUUAUUUAAUAAAAAUCUAAUUUAAAAAGAAUAUUAAAUACGAAAAUAAUUUAUACAUAAAUAAUUUUUGAAUUUAUAAUACAACCAACGAAAAAAAAAAAAAACUAA